AUAGGGAACCAGAACCAUAUCUCGUAUCUAUUCUCCAGAGAGAGACAGAGGUUGGGCUCAGAGCAUAAUCACCAACUCUCUAACCAGAGCACCAUAAAAAGCAAAACAAUGUUGAGCCUCUCAAUUGCUACACCACUUCCCAAGCCUUCCCUUCCACUUCCUAAAUCCGGGUUCUCCGGCAUCCAACUGAACCAAACAUGUCUUCUCCCGCCGCUUCGAGUUCGCCCCCGGACGGCGUACAGGGCUGCCGGGACUCCGGCGGCGUCGGUGGUGAUGAUGGCGAAGAAGGACGAGGAAUUGAAGGAAAUCAGAGGACUGACCACCGACGAGAUCAACGAGCAGGUUGUUGACCUUAAAGGCGAGCUCUUCAUGCUUCGCCUGCAGAAGUCCGUCAGGAAUGAGUUCAAGUCCAGCGAGUUCCGCCGUAUGCGCAAAAGGGGAUCAAAUGAGCUUUAUCUGCUACCAGGGAUAGAAAUAGCCUACUGGUCAUCACAGAUUGCACGCAUGUUAACAGUUAAGCGUGAGAGAGAGCUUGAAGAGGGUAUCAACAAGAGGUUAUCAAGAAAGCUUGACCGGCAAUGGAAGAAAAGCAUUGUUGUCAGACCACCUCCGUCUUUGAUCAAGUUGCGAGAGGAAGAAGCAGCCGAAGAAGCUGAGAAAUCUGCUUGAGACAAUCAAACACAGCUCUGGAGAACUUUCUUUGACCGCCGCUGGGCUGGCUGCCUUCCGACACCUUCAUCAUUGUUGUUCAUCUCCUUAACCUCUGACGGGCCUGCACACACCUCAGCAACAAAAAAAUCAAGCCAUAAAUGAACCUUAAACACAAAGAGGUUCAAAACAGCAGCAAGUGAGCUGCUUCAGGAAAUGGGUCGUCAUCGGAGUAGUUUUCUGAAGGAGAAGCACUUGCUGUUUUCUUGGUGGGUUGGAAGAAGAGAAAGGAGAAGAAUGGAAGAGGAGAGAGGAAGGGAAAUGGGUUUGCCUUUGCUGCUAUGAGUCCAAGGCAGAUUAAGCUUUGUCUGAAAGAGCUUUGGGAAAUUUGGAGCUUGCUAUUGUUUGCUAAGAAUGGCUAAAAGGAAGCAAAGUAUGUACCCGUUGGCUUUUCAGUUAGGCACGCUGGGGAAGACGAGAAGUCAACUUCAGGUCACGGAUAAAACUUGGACAAUGGCACUGUGUAGGUACAUGAAGGACAAGUAUGUAUACUUCUGUGAGGGCUGGCCUGAAAUUGCAGAGGGUAACCUGCUGAAACAAGGAGACAUUUGCAUCUUUGAGUGCGUUCCAAGGUGGACUAAUGUCUUGCUGAAAGUCACUGUCAUUCGAGAAUGUUAAUUACUACAUACACAGCUUUGAGUUCAAGUGCAAGAUGGCUGAAAGUUAUCUCACCGUCAUCGACAACAAAAGCAGUUCACGAUUCUUUCAGGUGCUGUUUAGUUUCUUCUCAUCCGUACUGCAAAUUUUACUUGUAAACCAUACACACAAACUAGAUGUUCUACCUCAGC